AAGCGCCUUUCCCGGAAGGCUCGUGGGCGGCGCGAUGGCGGCCGGACGGCGGGGGCGCUCUCCGUAGCCCGAGGAGCCGCUCCGCGGGAGGAUGGCCUCGCUCGGGCCGGCCGCUCCGGGGGAGCAGGUUCCAGGGACGGAGGCGGAGGCGGGCGCCGCGGGGCCGCCGCCGUCGCCGUCCCCUGUGGGGCCCCUGCUGCCCCUGCAGCGGGAGCCGCUGUACAACUGGCAGGCGACCAAGGCGUCGCUAAAGGAGCGCUUCGCCUUCCUCUUCAACUCGGAGCUGCUGAGCGAUGUACGCUUCGUGCUGGGCAAGGGCCGCGGCGCCGCCGCCGCCGGGGGCCCGCAGCGCAUCCCCGCGCACCGCUUCGUGCUGGCGGCCGGCAGCGCCGUCUUCGACGCCAUGUUCAACGGCGGGAUGGCCACCACUUCGGCGGAGAUCGAGCUGCCCGACGUGGAGCCCGCCGCCUUCCUGGCGCUGCUGAGAUUUCUGUAUUCAGAUGAAGUUCAAAUUGGCCCAGAAACAGUUAUGACCACUCUUUAUACUGCUAAGAAAUAUGCAGUCCCAGCUUUGGAAGCACACUGUGUGGAAUUUCUCACCAAACAUCUUAGGGCCGACAAUGCUUUUAUGCUGCUUACUCAGGCUCGACUCUUUGAUGAACCUCAGCUUGCUAGUCUUUGUCUGGACACAAUAGACAAAAGCACGAUGGAUGCAAUAAGUGCAGAAGGCUUUACCGACAUUGAUAUAGACACACUCUGCGCAGUUCUAGAAAGAGACACACUUAGUAUUAGAGAAAGUCGACUUUUUGGAGCUGUUGUGCGAUGGGCAGAAGCGGAAUGUCAAAGACAGCAAUUGCCUAUGACUUUUGGAAACAAACAGAAAGUUCUAGGAAAAGCACUGUCCUUGAUCCGGUUCCCACUGAUGACUAUUGAGGAAUUUGCAGCAGGUCCUGCUCAAUCUGGCAUUUUGUCAGACCGUGAAGUGGUAAAUCUCUUUCUUCAUUUUACUGUCAAUCCUAAACCCCGAGUUGAAUACAUUGAUCGACCAAGAUGCUGUCUCCGAGGGAAGGAAUGCUGCAUCAAUAGAUUCCAGCAAGUAGAGAGCCGCUGGGGUUACAGUGGAACAAGUGAUCGAAUCAGGUUCACAGUUAAUCGAAGAAUCUCUAUAGUCGGGUUUGGUUUAUAUGGAUCUAUUCAUGGUCCUACGGAUUAUCAAGUCAAUAUACAGAUCAUUGAAUACGAAAAAAAGCAAACUCUGGGACAAAACGAUACUGGAUUUAGUUGUGAUGGGACUGCUAACACAUUCAGGGUCAUGUUCAAAGAACCCAUAGAGAUCCUGCCCAAUGUGUGCUACACAGCAUGCGCCACACUCAAGGGGCCAGAUUCCCACUAUGGCACAAAAGGAUUGAAGAAAGUAGUACACGAAACGCCCACUGCGAGCAAGACGGCUUUUUUCUUUUUUAGUUCCCCUGGCAAUAAUAAUGGCACUUCAAUAGAAGAUGGACAAAUACCAGAAAUAAUAUUUUAUACAUAAUUUAGCAUUAUAAUACAUGUUGGCGAAAUAGUACCAUGUGGUCUAGUCUCAAAGGCAUAAAAAACUGGCCACAAAAGAGUUUGAGUGUUAUGUUUAUAAUUUUAAGAUAAGAAACAUUUUAGUUUCUUAGAGGAGAUAGGUAAAUGUGGAUUUAAAUCUCUGCAUGAUUUAAAGGCAGAUUUUCUGUUUUGUUAACCUUUGGGGAAAGAGAACGGGGUUUAAUUGUUUAAAUAAAAAACAGCUAUUUCAACUUUAUCUUGUAUAAUUUCAUAGAUAAGCUGACUCAUGAUCUUUCAACAGUUUUAUAAUUGAAAGAUUUUUGUUUUCUAUCACUGGUUUGUUUUGUUUCUGUUUUAACUGUUUUGAAGAUUAGAUGAGAUGAGGCUUAAGUGUUUUGAAGGUUCCUAGAGUUGAGAUGGGUCAGUAUUCCUAUUAACUCAGAUAACUAAUUUCAAACAAUUAAGAAAAAUUAAGAAAAAUAAUUAAGAUGUUAUAUUUGGACUUUUAAAAUAUCUGGUUGUUAGCAUUUGGAAUAUUGUUAGAAAUAGGCCUAAUAGAUGCCCAAGAAAAUUUUCAUUGCA